CGCUCGGCGAUUGGCGAGAGGGAGAGGCGCCCGGAGCCCGGGGCCGGCGCGAUGGGCUGAGCCCGUCCCGACUGAAGUGACUCACUCGGCAAACGCCGCCGUCCCCUCGCCCGCUCCCUCCCAGCGCUCCCGCCGGGCGCUGCCUUCCCACGGCGGAGACCCCUUUUCCCUCCCCGGGAGUCGCCCCGCUUUCUCCCGCUGCCUUGGGAUCUGAGCUCCUGGUAAACACGUUGGCCUGUUAAAGGACAUGAUUCAGACUGUCCCAGAUCCAGCAGCUCACAUCAAGGAAGCAUUAUCAGUGGUGAGUGAAGACCAGUCUUUGUUUGAGUGUGCCUACGGAUCGCCCCACCUUGCAAAGACAGAGAUGACGGCCUCCUCCUCCAGUGAAUAUGGACAGACAUCAAAGAUGAGCCCACGUGUUCCCCAGCAAGACUGGUUAUCACAGCCCCCAGCCAGAGUCACCAUCAAGAUGGAGUGUAACCCAAACCAGGUUAAUGGGUCAAGGAAUUCCCCUGAUGACUGCAGCGUGGCAAAAGGAGGGAAAAUGGUUAGCGGCUCAGACAAUGUUGGGAUGAACUAUGGAAACUACAUGGAAGAGAAGCACGUUCCACCCCCAAAUAUGACUACCAAUGAGCGAAGAGUCAUUGUGCCAGCAGAUCCUACGUUGUGGAGCACAGACCAUGUACGCCAGUGGCUGGAAUGGGCAGUGAAAGAGUAUGGUCUCCCGGAUGUGGACAUCUUGUUGUUCCAGAAUAUCGAUGGGAAGGAGCUGUGUAAAAUGACCAAAGACGACUUCCAGAGACUAACUCCAAGCUAUAAUGCAGAUAUUCUCCUGUCACACCUACACUACCUCAGAGAGACUCCUCUGCCACAUUUGACUUCAGAUGAUGUUGAUAAGGCCUUACAAAACUCUCCACGGUUAAUGCAUGCUAGAAACACAGGAGGUGCCACUUUUAUUUUUCCAAAUACAUCCGUUUAUCCAGAAGCAACACAAAGAAUUACAACCAGGCCAGAUCUGCCUUAUGAGCAAGCCAGGAGAUCAGCAUGGACAAGUCACUCCCACCCCAGUCCUCAGUCAAAAGCUACUCAGCCCUCAUCCUCAACAGUUCCUAAAACAGAAGACCAGCGUCCUCAGUUAGAUCCAUACCAGAUUCUUGGACCGACCAGCAGCCGACUUGCAAAUCCAGGGAGUGGGCAGAUACAGCUAUGGCAGUUCCUGCUGGAGCUUCUCUCAGACAGCUCCAACUCCAACUGCAUCACCUGGGAGGGCACCAACGGGGAGUUCAAGAUGACUGACCCUGAUGAAGUGGCUCGGCGCUGGGGGGAGCGGAAAAGCAAGCCUAACAUGAACUAUGACAAACUCAGCCGUGCACUUCGCUACUACUAUGAUAAAAAUAUUAUGACUAAGGUUCAUGGUAAGCGCUACGCCUACAAAUUUGAUUUCCAUGGAAUCGCUCAGGCUCUCCAGCCUCACCCCCCCGAGUCAUCCAUGUACAAAUACCCAUCAGACCUCCCCUACAUGAGCUCCUAUCAUGCACACCCUCAGAAGAUGAACUUUGUAGCUCCCCACCCGCCUGCUUUGCCGGUAACAUCGUCCAGCUUUUUCGCUGCCCCUAAUCCAUACUGGAAUUCACCAACUGGAGGUAUCUACCCCAAUACCAGGCUGCCAGCUGCUCAUAUGCCUUCUCAUCUUGGCACCUACUACUAAACGAGGAAAAGAAGAAGCACCGGAAAAUACAAAGACACUUCUCAUUGGGGAACGGUCCCUGAUGAUUUACAAUGAACUCUAUUGGAGUACUCUAUUAGAAGUGCCUUAAGAGACAAAUGAAGGUUUGGCUGGGGAAAAAAUACGGUAAAAGUAGAUGUCAAAAAGACUCUUUGUAGUAGGGAUUUAAAGGAAAUAUUCAAGAAGUAUUAAGAUACUAAAAUGUAAUGUAUAUGGGCAUCGACUCUGUGGACCAAACAACAAUAGACUAUUGUAGGUAAAAGCAUGAAAUGAUAAGAAAACCUACGAAAGCUAGUGGUCUUAAAAAGUUGAUAAGCUUAUAUGUAAAGUUUGAUAUCUUGCUAGUGCAAAACUGGGACUAUACUACAGCAACAUAAGGAUAAGUCUAUAGUGACCUAACAUACAACAUAUGAGUUGUUACAAAAGAUGAGGGGAAGGGAAAAAAAGGAAAAAACCUACCUGUAUUUAAAAAAUAAGAACAUAUGAACAGAAGAGACUGGUUUAGUUUUGAAGCUGAUUCGGAAUAUAGCAGCAUUGUUUUACUUAAAGUUAAAUGUGUUCCAUUCAUCAGAGUGUUAUCAGCUACUCAAACUGUGAAGACAACCCAAACUUUAAGAUUCCUUGACAGUAUUACAGGAACCCUGAGCCAAACAUUGGAAAUGAGAAUGUGCUGAAGGGCAAGUGUAUGAUUGUAGAUCAGAGGCCUGCACCUGACAGAGAACGCAGAAAGGAGAAAGAGGAGGACAAAGGUGAUGCGAAUGGGAGAAAAGGAAAUUCUUUACCAGUAGAGACUGAAUAGACUGAAAAUGUAGUAGUGUUGGGACUAUAAAGAAACACUUCUUUGGACUUGUGAAACAUAUUACUCAGUAUCAUACCAUUCCCAGUAUUACAGGAUGAACAGACUUGAUUUUACAGUAAUAAAAAAGUGGAAAAAAGGGAAAAGCAGAAUUCAGAAGUCAGAAUAUGCAUCUCUUUUUUAAAAAAGUAAAACUGGAAUUGUGUUUGAUAUUUAAAAAAUACCAGUUAGAACCUCAUCAUUAUUAAGGGAGUUUGUUUUCUAUUGGUUAAAGCAAGAGACAGCCCCUGACUGCCAAAAUCAGAAAUCAUCUAAGUAUUUUUGUUAGGCGGGCGCCAGUUUUUCUUUAUUGAGUCGCGAACGCUGUGCGUUUGUCAGAAUGAAGUAUACAAGUCAAUGUUAUUUUUUCCUUUUUAUAUAAUUAUUAUAUAACUUAUGCAUUUAUACACUACGAGUUGAUCUCGGCCAACCAAAGACACAAAAAAGGGACAAUCAAAAAUAUUGUGGCCUUGAA